AUGGCUACUAGCUUUAAGUUCAAGGCUCUUGCAUUGUUAGUUCUCCUCAGCAUUAGCUUUUGCCUUUCCUUCGCAAGUUUCUUGAAGGAGAAUAGCAGGUCAAACUCAGGUUCUAGCUACCACAUAGCUGAUGACAGUGGGGGUGAUGGAGGUGGUGAAGGCGGUAAUGAAGGAAGUGGUGGUGAUUGGCCUGGCAAUGGAGGAGGCAGCAACGUCAGCAGUGAUGAUGGAAGUGAUGGCAAUGGCCAACACGAUGGAGGCGAAGGCGGUUGUGAUGGUGGAAGCACUGGCGGUGGCAACGUUGGUGGCAGUUGUGGUGGCGGCGGCGACGCCGUCGACGGAGGCAGAGACAACAAACUUAAAGGCUGA